AAAUUAAGAUUAGUUACAAAACAAAUAUAUGAGUCACAAUUGUAAUCAUUUCUUUAUUUAUAUUUAAAGUAACUAAUAGUCCAAACACUCACAGUCACCGCCCUCUUACGUUAUCAAUCAAAAGUGAAAAUGGACCUAUAUCUACUCCUUAGCCGUCUAUAUAGUUGUCUCCUCUGAAAAAAAAAGAAGAAGAGUAGAUUCUCUUUUGUAUGAUUAACCAUGGGAGGUGAAGUAAUAAACCCAACCAAGCCACGGUUUGAUCUAAGCAUGUCAAAAAGAACUCGAAAACCAUGGUCUAGUCUCAUCAACGAUACGCAUCACCAUGAAAUCUCCACGCAAAGCUCACAACCGAAACCAGACAAAGAACAAGAGCAAAUCGAAGACAAAGAGAUUGAUCGUAAGAGUUUGAACAAUCUGAUGAGAUACGAGGAGAAGCCAAAUGGAGAAGCUAAUGUUAACAACGACAAGAGCUCUCUAGAUCAACAUUUCGGUGAUGACGAGGGGAUCAAGCAGACGAUGCAAUUGGUGGUGAAGAAAGAGAAGCAAGGUGGUGUGAAAUUCAAAGGUAUGAUGGGUCGAUAUGUUAAGGUUUGGAGCGGUUUGAUAAAGGCCAAGCGUGACCGCAAAACGCCGGUCUUACGGUUUAAAACUUGAUUUCGAUCGUAUAUACGUAUGUUUCAUGUACGUGAUCACAUAUACAUAUAUUACGUACGAUUAGGUAUUAGAUAUAUUUUGCGUAUACGUACGUAUUAUAGAUGUGCACGUCUGUGUUGUUAAUUGGCAUAUUGGUUUUGACUUUUGAGAUUGUAAUUAGAACUAUAUGCAAAUCCCCUCUUGUUAUUUUGUUAAGAAUCUCACUGCGUGAGUUUUGUUGUGUUUUGAGCUUUUGCCAAAAA